AUGGACCAGCUCGACCUCAACGUGUCCUCGGUGCAGUUCAUGCAGUCCAAGUUCCCCGGCAAGACGGAGCAAGAAUACCGCUCCCACCUGGGCCAGUUUGGCAUUACGGGUCUCACCGGUCUCCAGAAGAUUGGUACCUUGUCCGGAGGUCAGAAAUCGCGUGUCGCCUUUGCCGUUCUGGCUUGGGGCAACCCGCACGUCCUGCUGCUCGACGAGCCGACGAACCACCUCGACGCAGAGGGUCUCGACGGCCUUGCCGAGGCCGUCAAGGCGUUCAAGGGCGGUGUCAUUCUCAUCUCCCACGACGAGCGCUUCAUCAACGCCACGGCGAACCAGCUCUGGGUGUGCGCCGACGGAACGCUCACCAAGUUCAAGGGAGACGUUGCGGCUUACAAGAGCCUUAUCGUCAACCAGAUCCGCGCCAAGACGCGGCCGUAG